UGGUGGGGAUCAUCCAUGUUGGUGGAGAUCAGGUUCUAAUCCUGAGCGGCCUUCCGACACGCGUCUUUAUUUUUACACAUGCUUUGAAGCACGCCGCAUCUCGGACUGAAGCUCGUCCGGUGUCGGAGCGACGGUGGGAGCGGCCCACUCCGAGGAAGAACUUCACGUUUCCUUGAAUUGCAGGAGAAUUCGGGCCGGCGGGAGGGAGGAGGAGGCGGCGGCAGAAGAGGAGGAGGAGGAGGACUGGUGGUAAUCCGGAGGGGAAGAAAGACGGCGGUGGGGAAAUGGCCACUCAGGUGGAGGCUCUCCUGCCCGGCAACCCGCUGGUCAAACCGGAGCAACACAGCAAAGUGAGCGUUGGGGAGGAGGACGAGCAGCGGGGCAGCCGGGGAGACGGAGCGAGGCGGCAGUCUGGUGUCACCGAGCCGGGGAGCAGCGACCUCGGCACGGAGCAGCAGCAGCAGACCUCCAGACAGAGCGUGGGGGACUGUGACAGCAGGCCAGCCGCGGAAAGCGUCAAACAUGGCCGAAAGGAGUUUACGGAAGCCCCGCCGCCCAAGGUGAACCCGUGGACCCGGAAAAUGACCGUGGUCAGCGUCAACGGACAAGCACACCACGAGUCCACUGGCCCUGCCAAGGUGGUGAAAGCAGGACAUCCACCCAAAGCCAGACGCGGCGGAAAGGUUGGAGAUUUUUGUGAUGCCAAUAACUGGCCUACCCCGGGGGAAAUCGCAACUAAAGACAUGCAGAUCGAAGCAGUGACACGGACCGUGUCCUGCCCGCCGACUGUCAGGCAGGUCAGAGACUCAUGGAGAUCUGCUGCCCCGAAGAGGAUGACUGCGAAGAAAGAGUCAAAAGAGAAGAGGGAAAGCAAUGAGGAGAGCAAGGAGAACCUGAAGGCCAAGUCAGACGACUCUGGUGAGGAGAAAAACGGUGACGAUGACUCCCAGAAGAAUGGGUCGAAGAAAAAAGGCAACAAGCAGAAGUGGGUUCCCCUGAUGAUUGAGGUGAAGUCUGAGGGCCCGAGGGAACGCUCAGCCUCCAAGAACAACAGCAGGCAGAACGAAAACCUCCGCUUGCCUCCCAACACCAGAAACGACCUCAGAGACUGGCAUAGUCAAAAGUAUGAGCGGGAGUGGCGUGACGACCAUGACGAGGUGUCAAGUGUGAAGAGUGAGGGGACGCCCUUCCGCGGUGGGUUCAGAGGUCGUGGACGUGGGAGAGGAAGAGGCCGGGGGCGAGGCAGAGGUGGAGGGCGAGGCCAAUAUGAAUACCACUACAGCUAUAAGACGUAUGACAUGAAAGAUGGUACCUAUGGUCAGAAGUUCAGCAGUGCCGUGACCUAUUACUAUGACAACAUGAGCAGCAACGACCUUUAUUCUGUCGAUCAGGACUUGCUGAAGGAUUACAUCAAAAGGCAGAUGCCUUCCUCGUUACAGCAGCAGAAAGAGAAAGAAGACUCUAUUCAGUCACCAGUCCUCCUGCCUGGCUCAUCAUCGUCUCCUGCUACUGCAGCCAAUAAGGAUGGAGCAGAGCAGGAUGAGCCAGAGGAGCUCGACUUCAUGUUUGACGAGGAGAUGGAGCAGAUCGAUGGACGGCGGAACACCUUUACAGACUGGUCAGACGAGGACUCUGAUGGUGAGAUUGAUGAUCGUGAUGUCAACAAAAUCCUGAUUGUGACGCAGACACCACCCUACCUGAGGAAGCACCCGGGUGGGGAUCGCACAGGGCAGCACACGUCACGUGCCAAGCUAUCCAGUGAGCUGGCAAAGGUGAUCAACGAUGGGCUCUACUACUACGAACAGGACUUAUGGGAUGACACAUACGAACCUGAAUAUGCCACCAUUAAGCAAGAAGUGGAGAACUUCAAGAAGGUCCACCUGAUCAGCCGCGAGCAGUUUGACUGUCUGACUCCUGAACCUCCUGUGGAUCCCAACCAGGAGGUCCCCCCAGGCCCCCCACGACCCCAGCAAAUUCCCACAGACGCUUUGGCAAACAAACUCUUCGGUGCCCCUGAACCCUCCUCUACAGCACGCUCGCUCCCAACAACCGUGCCUGAGUCACCCAAUUACCGCAGUGCCCGCACACCCCGCACGCCUCGUACUCCCCACCGAAAGGACCCAGCCAUGACGCCGCGCUUCUACCCCGUGGUGAAAGAAAGUCGACCUGUUGAUGCCAAGACCCCCAGGAAGAGGAAAACCCGACACAGCUCCAACCCACCCAUGGAGUGUCACGUGGGCUGGGUAAUGGACUCCAGGGAGCAUCGCUCCCGCACCGCCUCUGUCAGCUCGAACGCCAGCCCGUCAGAGGGCACCCCAGCGCUCGGUAACAUUGGCUGCACGCCCCAGUCCCUCCCCAAGUUCCAGCACCCCUCCCACGAGCUGCUCAAAGAGAACGGCUUCACCCAGCACGUCUACCACAAGUACCGCCGGCGCUGCCUAAACGAGCGGAAGCGUCUGGGAAUCGGCCAGUCGCAGGAGAUGAACACGCUGUUCCGCUUCUGGUCGUUUUUCUUGAGGGAUCACUUCAACAAGAAGAUGUAUGAGGAGUUCAGGCAGCUGGUGGUCGAGGAUGGGAAAGAAGGAUACAGGUACGGUUUGGAGUGCCUGUUCAGGUACUACAGCUACGGACUGGAGAAGAAGUUCAGGGCUGAAAUCUUUAAAGACUUCCAGGAAGAGACGAUCAAAGACUAUGAGGCUGGUCAGCUUUAUGGGCUGGAGAAGUUUUGGGCUUUCCUUAAAUAUUCUAAAGCCAAGAACCUGGAGAUCGACCCCAAGCUGCACGAGUACCUUGGAAAGUUCAAACGUCUAGAAGAUUUCAGAAUCGACCCCCCAAUGGAUGAUGGAGGCCGGAGGAGACACUCGUCCAGUGGCGAAGGACGCCGCCGUCACCCGUCUCAGCCCUCCAACCGCCCUCACAACCAGGCCACCUCGGGCCAAAGCUCCGCCCUCACCUCCAAGGACGAUGCCAAACCCAGCAGCCAAAAAGCAGGCGCCACUGCUGCCGCUGCCACUUCUGCAAAAGGCACCAAGACACUGAAGUAACUCCACCGGCCCAUAGGGAUCAUCAGGUCAACCACAUUUGCAAGUUGCCAGUUUUCUCAGUGCCACAAGAAGAGGGAGGGGCUGUUGGAAUUUGAUUUGAGCAUGAGAUUUUUUUUUUUUUUUUUUUUUUUUUGGCAAAUUGUCAGAGAGAAUUUGGGAAGAAAAAAUAAUUACUUGGCUCACUUUCUUGCAGUGCUUUAUUUUCCCUCCUCUCUGUACUGAAAACAGCAGAACUGGAUUAAGCACCUACAGACUGUUUCCAGUUGACACGGCAGAUGGUUUACAAGCUUCUCUCUCUCUCUCUCUCUCUCUCUCUCUCUCUCUCUCUCUCUCUCUCUCUCUCUCUCGCUCAAAGAAAGCAGUUGGAAAUUGUGCUGACUUCCUGUUUCUCUCUUUCUCUAACUGGGGCCCCUCUUUGAUCUUCACUGGCUGAAAUAUUUUUGAUUCCUCGCCCAGAUCUCACAGUUGUGAUUAAUAUUUCUUCAGCAUGUCUUGAGAUUGGAGACUUGGAAAUAAUGUGAAUGAGAUGAAGCGUUUGAAAGCCACAAUGGCGGCCCCUAGAGGCCACGCUUCUGCUUACAUCUAACUGGACCAAAGUGGUUUGAAACCGAGUGACUGUGGAGGCCCCCGUGCUCUGCGGUGGGGCUUGAAACUCAAAAAAAUAAAAUUCUUUAUUGCUGGACGUUGAGGGAAAAUAAUAUCAAGCAAAUGGUAAAAGCAGAGGAAGAGACUCGUACCAACCCUCAAUAUGGACAUGAUCAUUUAAAGUUGCCUUAUUUUAAUGGUUUUAGCGCUUCUAACUCGCCCACCACCUUAUCACCGCACAGCGUUGAAAUCAACCUGUACAUCUGGCUUUCAGCAGGGGCCACUAGAUGGUGCCGUGUCUGCCGAAAUGUUUUCCAUCCAUCACCUUUUUGAAUCUGUCUUCCAAGUGUCAUUUGGCCUGUUACAUGUCCCGAACUUCUACCCCUGUUUGUAGCUUUUUGUGCAGAAACAUUUGCGCCUGGUGAAGGUUUGACGCCGUAAAAAAAAAAAAGAAUGAAAGCCUGCAGUUGAGUGGAUUGUUUCAGUGGGAGUAGUGUCACACACACACACCUGCCCCACCCCACCCUGAUGAUGACUGUUUGGGUGCUUCUACCUCCACCUGCAUCCAUGCAUUUGCUCUCCAUCCAUCAGUCCACCAUCAGUGACUCUGCAGGACUGGAAUCCUUGAUCUGGAUUACUUGAAGAAGCGAUGAGGGUCGCCGUGCCGUGGGUGCUCUGGGUUGGUGUGGCUCAGAUGUCAAGAUGCCUAAGAAGGCCUGUGGCACCUCUCCGCCUCAUCCCGUUUGCCACGCACGAGUGCAGGUGUAGCGGUGAACACACGCAGCUCCACACCUGGCCUCAGAUUUCAGUCAUCACUCUUCUGCUCCUCAGCUCUGAUAAUCCAGCAUGGGUCACUUAAUCCACUUUCAGCGCAGAGGCUCAGUUUGAUCUUCUUCCACACAUACAAAUGUGAAUUUGACAGAUGGAGACAAGCAGCUGUGCCUCCCUGCUACUUGGUAUUUUUUGUUGUUUUAAUAGAACAGAUGAUAUAUUUGUCUUACACAUGUAUGUACUUUUUUAAUUAAUGGUUUUUCAUCCUUUAAUUCUUAUUUUAUUUUAAUUUGCAGUGUUCCAGAGUGUGUUGUUAUCAUGGUGAUGAGGAUUUGUGUAAAAGCAUCUCUGGAUUUCAGGAACGGGAACGUCACACUAAAGGGAAUGUUAUCAUAUUGUCAAAAAACCUUAACAUCUUAUUGGUGUAAAAUGUUUUUAAUCUGCCUUUUACAGUUAAAUAAAUGAAACCAAUCUGUGCUCAGAGAAAAUAAAAUUUAUACCUCAGCUGGAUGUGGAUCCUCGUGUUUACGAGUGGAUCCAGACCCCCCGUAUCAGGUGCUUUGGAUCCACGUUGUGCCGAACUACUUUCCUUUGGCCAUCUUUGUUGAUGGAGGGACAAUAGUUACACACAAAAUGGAUCCCCAGUCUUGUUUAACGUAUCAGUUUUGUAAAAAUACAGUCACGGCUGAGGUAUAAAAACAAAACACCCACUCGUAUGAGCGGAGGAUCCAGUGAGUUGGGGAUGGGAUGAGUUGGGAAGAUCACCUUCACCUCCGGCUCAGGUGAUCUUCCGCUCACAUUUCUCCCCCCAGACAAAUGGGUGUUUUGUCAUUGUAGCCAUGAAACUGCUCUGACAUGCCCAGAUAAUCUGUGUUGGGGAUGUGGCCAGCAACAGAUCUUUUCCAUUUAAACCAACAGGCACAGAAACUGUUUGGCUACAACCUUUAUUAUCUGCUCAGAAAACUGCUGGUAAGUGUCAAUUUUGUUAAAGCUGUGUAUUACACAAAGCCUUAAAAGCUACAGUUUGUAGGAUUUAGGGCCAUUUAUUGGAAUGAAUGGAAUCUGGUAUUCAUGAAUAGCACAUUCAUAAAUUAUUUCCUUGAGUUUAGAUUGAGCCCUUCAUAUCUAUAAAGGAGCAUUGUUCCCACCCCCCACCCCUCCACCCCCUGACUUUGCUUGAUGCACAGUGUUCAAAAAGGAACAUACUUAGUCCACCUUUCACUUACUGCAGGGAAGCCAAAAGACUGAAGGGAAAAAGAAGGUUCCUCUCCUGUUUCGCUGUCUCCUCUGGUUGCAGGUACAGGCAAACAAAUUUAAGAACACGUAGUGCUUAUGACAGGAGAGGACACGGAAGCAUGAGCCUCCACCACCAAGGAAGCAGAAAACAAGAAGGGGACACAAAAUUCUGUGUUCUGCAGCCUCACCACUAGAUGACACUAAAACCUACACAGUGUGGCUUUAAGGUUGUAUGGGAAAAAUGCAAACAGCAGAUUGGAAUAGACUAAAAAAAAAUGUUUUAAAUGCAUAUUACACAUGUGACACUAUAUUUAUCACACUGGGUUUCUGUGAAAAUCCUGAAAAGCAGCUGAAGGAUUCCACAAAAAAAAUUUUUUUUUUUUAACUAGUCAGAUGGCAAUGCACCCAUUUCACUAAAGUGUUGCUUCUUUUUUCUGUCGUUGUCGUUUGGCCUGUUGGUUGAUGUCCCGGUGGAGUUGACAUGGAUGGUCAGAGAGGUCUGUCAGAGAGGGCGUCACAUCAGUGCAUUUUCUUGCCGUGAAAUUCAGAAUGGUUGGAAACAUUAAAUGUCAGCAGUAUGUUUGUGCUUUUUUCCUGCCCUUAUUCUGUUGUUAGCUUCUGGGAGCUUUGGGUCUGUUUUAAAUGCAAACAAAAAAAAGCUAAAUGCUCAGAAAGCAUUUCCUGGAAAUCAGUGAUUCUUUAUAUUUCAUUGAGCUGGUGUGUCUGCAGACAUGGCGAACAGCUACAAGAGGGCCUUCUUGCCGUGACAGGCACAUCAUCCUCCCUCUGAAUGUGAGCGCCACCUGCUGCCCCCUAAUUGUGACUUUGAACAGCUGUUUGGGGGGGAGUUCAGGUGAUUUUUGGGAAUUUAUAAUGGGACGUGCUGCUAGCUCCCCAAACAGACUGCAGGGGGCGCUGCGGCCUUUGCUCCUCAGUUUUACAGACUUGGACAGUGGAGAGAAGGGCGAUGGGGGGAAGACUAUAAAUGAGCGAUGACGCCCGUGUGGCCUUCGUGACAUCGCUCAGAGGAGUAAAUAUGGCUGUGACGUCUGACGGAGGAAAAAAAAAACAAAAUUCCAUAAAGCCAUAUGAAUAAUAACAAACUGUGUAUAAACCAUUAAAGCGUGUUAAUAGUUCAUUACAUUACAAUAUCCUAGGCUUGUCAUGAGGAGAAAAAAAAGAUGAAAAUGGACUAAAAGGAACACAAAAAAAAUACAAAAUGGAAAAAUGUAAAAUACUUGAAUGAGAUGUCUGUAUUAUAACAUUUAAUAUUCAAAAUAUCUGCUUUGUAGGCUGAUGGGAUUCGCUGUUAGUGUUAUUUGUAAUUUGUAGUAAUUAUGCUUUUCGUUUAAUAAACAAAAAAACGGAC